CCUGUGGUUCACUGCGACAGCAAGAGUCCCUUUUGCUUGUCCUUUUGUCCAUUUCUAAAGCUUGUUUACUCCAGUAUGAUCUCUGCCCUUCUGGACUUGCCAUUCUCUCUGUCACCUGAUGGGGGUGGGGUGGGUAUGGGGGUGGGAGUGAAGGAGUAGAUGUGUAUAUAGCCCCUACCUCCAGCCAAGCCGGGAGUAGCGGACGGGAAGGACUGCAACACAGACCCGCACUGUUCCUAGGCCGCAUUCUGCCAUCAUGAAGCUGCUUGCAAUGGUUGCACUGCUGGUCACCAUCUGUAGCCUGGAAGGAGCUUUGGUUCGGAGACAGGCAGCGGAGACGGAUGUGCAGACCCUGUUCAGCCAGUAUCUUCAGAGUUUAACUGACUAUGGCAAGGAUUUGAUGGAGAAGGCCCAGCCCUCAGAGAUUCAGAACCAAGCCAAGGCUUACUUUCAGAAUGCACAGGAGAGACUGACACCCUUUGUCCAGAGAACUGGGACGAAUCUGAUGGACUUCUUAAGCCGUUUAAUGAGCCCCGAGGAGAAACCAGCUCCUGCCGCUAAGUGAGGUGUGUCAGGACUCGUCUUCCUACCCCAGCUGACCCACUGGCCAUCGCUGGAGUCCCUCUCCCGACUUUCUGCUUGUCUUUUCCAAUAAAUUCGGAAGGAGUUAAA